AUGUACAGGAUUGAUUUGGUGGGGAAAGUGAUUCGCAUACAGAAGGCUCGGAGGAAUGAUAAAGCAGCCAAGAGUGCAAACGGCGUUGUUUCGGUUUUAACAAGCGAUGAGCAACUUCUGUGGAGAGAACACAAGGAGAUUAUUUCAUCUCCAAACAAGGAAGUUCUUGAGCAAAGAUAUGUUAAGAAUGUGAUUAUCCCACUCUUGGGUACUAAACAUGUCGAUGCGGGAGUACGUGUAUCUGUGUCUAAGGAAUUUCUUGAGUGUGUUGAUAAGAAAGUAACUAAGCAGCGUCCGCUAUGGCGUGUUAAUGCAGCAAAUGUUGAUACUAGUCAUGAUUCUGCCCUUAUUUUGAAUGAUCAUUCACUUUUUUCUCAAGGGAUUUCUACCAGUGGUGACUGCAUUAGUGUUGAAAUCAAGGUUUGA